GAGCUUGCACACCGCCAGCUUCUGUAGCCGCGGCAGUGCCUUUCCCGCGGCCCCUUGCUGUCGGCGGACACUGGAGGAGUGGUGUGAAAGGUCCUCGCUUCCAGUUUCAGCCUUUCUCUCUCGCUUCCUCCCCGCCACGGGGAAGCCGUGUCUGGGGAGGAAAGAAAGGGACCUCCAGGGCUGGGCAUCAGCCCGUCCUAGGCGGAGGGAGGGGCAGCUACCCGAGGGAGGCAGCAGGGUCCAGUGGAUCCCCCACUGCAGUGCCUGUGGGGCAGGAGGGCGCUGGGAGAGGACAGGCUGUGGAGCAUCUCCCGAGACGAGACUGACUCUCCACGAUAGAGGGAGGGAGACAGAGAGAGGGAGAAACUGCUACCUCUCUGCCGUACUCCUGUCCACAAAUUUCAGGGGGUGGAGAAAAAGAAAAUCGAGGGCCUACGCUGGGACCUCCCAGUGGGAGCAGUUGAAAAGGAGCCAAAACAGGCGUCGAAGCGGAGAGCGACAUCCCAAGAAGAGUCCCCCUCCUCCGCUUCCUGAAGCCGCAGUGUGUCCGCCGCCUCCGCAGCCUCAGGAUGUGGGUGCCGUUGCUGCUGCUGCUGCCGGAGCUGCUCCCCGCCGUGCCAGCCCAGAAGCUCUCCGCCCUCACGUUUUUGAGAGUUGACCAAGACAAAGACAGAGAAUGCAGCCUGGACUGUGCAGGUUCCCCACAGAAAUCACUCUGUGCAUCUGAUGGAAGAACUUUUCUAUCACGCUGUGAAUUUCAACGAGCAAAAUGCAAAGACCCUCAGUUGGAAAUUGCCUACCGGGGGAACUGCAAAGAUGUUUCCAGAUGUGUGGCUGAGAGGAAGUACACCCAGGAGCAGGCUCGCAAAGAGUUUCAACAAGUGUUUAUCCCAGAAUGCAAUGAUGACGGCACAUACAGUCAGGUUCAAUGCCAUAGUUACACUGGAUACUGCUGGUGUGUCACUCCCAAUGGCCGUCCUAUCAGCGGUACUGCUGUGGCCCACAAAACUCCUCGGUGCCCAGGUUCAGUGAGUGAGAAGCUGCCACAACGAGAAGGUGCAGGAAAAACAGAUGAUGCCUCAGUUCCUGCGCUGGAGACUCAGCCUCAAGGCGAUGAAGAAGAUAUAGCUUCUCGUUACCCCACCUUAUGGACUGAACAAGUGAAAAGUAGACAAAACAAAACCAAUAAAAGCUCAGCGUCAUCAUGUGAUCAAGAACUUCAGUCAGCCCUGGAGGAGGCUAAACAGCCCCAGAAAGACAAUGUGUUCAUUCCAGAGUGUGCUCAGGGUGGUCUCUACAAACCAGUGCAGUGCCACCCUUCCACAGGCUACUGCUGGUGUGUUCUGGUGGAUACAGGACGUCCUAUCCCUGGUACAUCAACCAGGUAUGAACAACCUAAGUGUGAUAAUGGUGCCAGAGCUCACCCAACCAAAACAAAGGAUUUGUACAAAGGACGCCAGCUUCAAGGUUGUCCUGGGGCCAAGAAGAAUGAGUUCCUAACUAGUGUUUUGGAUGCACUGUCCACAGAUAUGGUGCACGCAGUCUCUGAUCCAUCAUUGUCUUCUAGCCGGGUUUCAGAGCCUGAUCCAAAUCAUACUCUGGAAGAGAGAGUGGUCCACUGGUAUUUCAAACAGCUAGAUAAAAAUUCCAGUGGUGACAUUGGCAAGAAAGAAAUCAAGCCAUUUAAAAGAUUCCUAAGAAAGAAAUCAAAACCCAAAAAAUGUGUGAAGAAGUUUGUGGAAUACUGUGAUGUGAAUAACGAUAAAUCCUUGUCAGUUCAAGAAUUAAUGGGCUGCUUGGGAGUAUCAAAAGAAGAAGGUAAAGCAGAAACAAAGAAACGCCAUACAGCCCCUAAAACCAACACUGAAAGUACUUCAUCCAGCAAGCAGCAAGCAUCGAAGAAGCAAGGAUGAAAAGUUUACUAAUCCCAGGCAGAUCUCUUUGACAUGUGGGAGAUUUCCUCACCAAAAGGCAAUAAAAACAACUGUAGUAUUUGCACUUUGUACUUAAAAAUGUAAAUUCACUUUGUAGAAAUGAAAUAUUUAAACAGACUUUUUUAAUCUGUGAAAAUGUAAUGGCUAGUUUUGAACAAUUAUCACAUACAAUGUAUGUGUCUUCUUGUGUUGUCUGAAAUAUGUAAAACAUGUUGGAGAUGUAAAAGUUUGCAUUUAAACCAUUUUUUUUUAAAUAGCUUUUUGGCCAAUGGUAGCAUAGAGACCAGAUUCUGUGUAUUUUGGUUUCAAUUAGUAUGCUUUUCCUAAUACUGUCAUUUAAGUAGAGUUAUGCUGAAGAGUCUACUGUAUUCUCAGUUUUGUCUAAGCAAUGUUGGGUGUUUCAGGUUUGCAGGACUGAGGGAAGUGUGUAAAAUGCUCUUUGUUUUGCAGUUUUAAAGUGAAGAGAUUUUUCACUAGUGGCUCUAUUGUAUUUCACAUUGUUUGUAUUGUUAGUAUUAUGCUUUCCAAAAAUGAUGCAGUGAAAGUGCCACUACUAAUGGAUUUUUAAAAAGUUACUCUACAGUUGGGAUACUUGCAGAAAAAUGUAUCCUUUUAUCCAAUUUUGAGGUGCCAUGCAUUACAUAUUUUGGUAGGAUCUUUUUCCUGCUUGUUUUCACCUGAGUUCAACAACAAACCAACAAGGAGUAGUAAGAUGCAUUGUAAUGUCACUCCAGUCUGGUUCGGCCGGGUUCUAAAAGCAUUUUUCUGUGGUCAGUUCAAAGCCCAAGCAGAGUUAUAUGGGUCAGAAUUAUCAGUUUCAUCAUAAAGAGACAGGGAAGGGUAAACAGUUUGUUCAGCCUUUUCUUCCUCUACACCUGGCUGCCCUCAUCAGCGUUUUGGUUUGCCUCAGGGUUCACUAGAGGUAAAGCUGAACAAAUUAUGAACAAUUGCCAUCAGGUGGGGCUACUCAUGUUGCCCCGCCUGAGGCUUUUUCCUUGCUGUCUGGAAGUUCUCACAAGUUUUCAUACCUUCUCUGUCAUUUUUCCCCCAUAUACUUUGUGUGCCUGAGGGGAAUAAGAACUUGUGGAUGCGAAUUUAAGCAAGGGGCCCAGGUGGAAAAGGCUCAACUCUUGAACAACUGUGAGUUACAAGCAGCUGGGUUGAUUGAUGCAAUGACAGAUGGACUGUUGGCAUCUAGGAGCUGGCACAAAAAGGCAGGAAUGUUGCAACAGUGAUUUCAUCCUGUUUUGUUUAAAUAACUUAUGGGAUCGGACAUAUGACUAGGUAAUCAUAAUAGAACCCUGGCUUGUACCUGGAGAAGCUUUUUUUGCAAAUAAAAACCUUUCAUUUCAAUUUCAACAUAUGCUGAAGUGAUAGAAAACACUGUAUGCAGUGGAAUCUUACUCAAGAAAUUGUGUAAGCUGAGCUUUGGCAGCAGGAGGAACCAGGAUGCAACUGUAUGCUAUCUUGUAUUUUUGUUUUUAAAAGUAUUUGUUAUUCUUUUAUACUGUUAAACUUUGAAUUUAAUCUUCUUUAUAAAUUAAAGUCAGUAUGUUACAAACUA